AUGGCUUCUAUCGGCUUAUUUGAAGCAUCCAUAUCUCUUUUUUGCUUUCUCAUCUUCUAUUACUUCUUCAUCAAGAAAAAUUGUGGUUACUUGCUUAUCAAGAAAACCCUUCAAAGCUACGCUUGGAACUGGCCUGUUCUUGGGAUGCUUCCAGCUUUGUUCGUGUGGCACAAUGGAAUCGAUGAUAUCAUCUGGUUCAUUGAGAAGAAGAAUUUGACAUUUCUAUUCAAGGGUCCAUGGUUCACUAGAAUGGAUGCGUUGAUCACGGUUGAUCCAGCUAAUAUACAUCAUAUAUUUAGCUCAAAUUUCUCCAAUUACAUCAAAGGAUCGGAUUUCAACGAGAUAUUUGAUGUUUUCGGAGACGCGAUAUUCAACACCGACUCAGAGCUAUGGAAGAAUCAAAGAAUGUCCAUUCAGGCCAUGCUCAGUCAUCAAGAUUUUCAAAACUUUUCAAUGAGUAUCACUACAAGUAAACUCAAGGACGUGCUUCUCCCUCUUUUCAAUCGCUAUUCAGAGGAAGGGACAAUCGUGGACUUGCAGGAUGUGUUCCGGAGAUUCACCUUCGAUACAGCCCUGGUUACAAUUACCGGGUCUGAUCCUCAAUCUCUCUCCUUUGAAAUGCCAGACGUUGAGUUUGCAAAAGCCUUCGACAAUGCCGGGGAUGCCUGUUACGGUUUAGCCUUCCAAUUUGUAAAGCAAGAAGGAUAUGGAAAAAGAGAUUUGUAUUGA